AUGUCCCUUCUUCGCAUUUCCACUUCCACGCUCGCCCGCGUUACCAAGGCCCCCACUUUCGCUAUGGCUGCACGAGGCUACGCUGACGGUCCCACUGACAAGGCCGGUGCCACCGCUUCUUCCCAGGGCUGGAAGAACCGUGAGCAGGCCCAAGAGAACCAGUACGUUCAGCAGGCCGAGAAGGAGAAGCUUGCCAAGCUCCGCGAGUCUAUCAAGAAGCAGCGCGAACAUCUUGACGACGUCGAGAGCCAGCUCAACAACCUCGACAAGAAGUAA